GAGGAUGGCGUGCACACGCAUCUUCGGGUUGACAGCCCCCUGGUGGUUCCCGCGUUGCAGCACGACGAGGUCCCAGGAGGAGCCGCCAGCCGCGGGUCGUGCGGACGCGAAGGCCAAGCGGUUCUCGAGCGAGGGCGGCAAGGUCGAGUCGAUCGACGGCCUCACCGACGUCCCACUGGACAUCUACAGGGACAUGAUGAGGGCCGGUCAGCAGGCCAGGAGACGAGGCGCGCACGAGCUGGCGCACAGGUCGGCGGAGGCCCCGCCCGUGCUCCUGCGGAGCGAGACGCUGCCCGCCCCCACGGCGGGCGCGGGCGGGAAGGGCCUGGCCCUCGCGAGGCGCGGCACGCUGUGA